GUUUUUUGCAUGUAUAGCACUUUGAACUGCAUUGAUUUGUUUGGAAAAGUGCUAUAGAAAUACAAUUUGUAAUAAAAUAAACUCAAACGUUUUACAAUCUAAUUAUGCAGCAGAUACUGGAAUAAUACAUGUUAAAGCUGAAUUAUUUUGUGGUUAAACACACUUAAUAGAAAAUUGUGUUUUUUUAUGUGUCAGGAGGAUCUAUGGAUCGAUCAGAUUCAGACUCCAGGGCCGACAUGGACCGAGAGGAACGUUUUAAAAAUGCUCUUAAGCGCUAUGUUUCUCGUCUGCCAUUUUGUGCAAGCUCUCUGCAAAGGCAGAUCUCCGAGCUCGAGGCCGUGGCCGCAGGCCUGGAUAAAACACAGAAAGGGGCGAGGAUCGCCAGCAUCACCGGAGGAACGACCGGAGCGGUCGGCGGAGCGGCGGUCGUGGCGGGAAUCCUGCUAGCUCCCGCGACUAUGGGCGCGUCUCUAGCGGUCGCCGCGCUCGGGGUCGGGGUCGCGGCCGCCGGCGGGGUCACCGGCGCAUCCGCCGCCAUCACCAAGAAAGUCAAAACAAAUCAGGUCCGGAAAAAGGUGGAGUCGAUCUUGAAAGAGUACCAAAGUGAGAUGAGCGGCAUUGAGGUUUACUUGAAUGAUAUCAACUCAGAGAUGGAGAAACUGAAAGGUGUGAGGGUGAAGACUGCAGAGAUGGUGAGGCUAGUCGAGAUCGCAGGCGGGACGUCGGGGGCUCUCGGCGUGAUGAACAGAUCCUCCGGUGUGAUUCAGGGGUUCGCACUCGGCAUGGAUUUGUUCUUCACGGAUAAAAAUUCCCAAAAGUUAAAGAAAGAGGCAAAGAGCAGAUUCGCACAGCAGAUCUGUGAGGUGGCGGGACAGAUUCAGGCCGGUCUGACAGAGCUGAUGGACAUGAGAGAUAAACUGCUCUCGGAAGGGAUAUGAAAUUAAGUCAAUGAUACUUUAUUGUCC